AUGGAUGCUGGGACUACCGCAGCUGUGCUAGCUGGAGGUGUCACACUUGCGGCCUAUCUGAAUGCCAAAUUUCAUAUCGGCAAGGAUGUCAAGGAAAUUUAUAACCUUCUCAAUGGCCAACGCCAAUAUCGCAAGCAAGAUGCCAAGGGACUCGCGAAUACCUGGUUCGUCUUUAUAGAGGCGGCAGAAAAAUACCCUGACAUGGUCUGCCUGUGGACCCGGGAGAGAUUAUACACCUACCGCGAUGUUCGCGAGCAAGCAUGCCAGUAUGCCCACUACUUUCUGUCCAAGGGCGUGAAGAAGGGUGAUUUAGUGGCGUUCUACCUUCAAAACCGUGCGGAGUUUCUGAUUGCCUGGCUCGGUCUCUUGAGCAUAGGCUGCGCACCUGCAGCUAUCAACUAUCACCUUUCUGACGAGGCGCUUCUUCACUGCUUGAAGAUCAGCGGCUCCCGAAUCCUCCUCGUUGACGAAGAUGCCACCUGCCGUGCCAAUAUCGAGAAGCUUCAAGCCACUCUCACUGGGGAGCUGGGCAUGGUACCCGAAUGGCUCGAUGACUCGCUGAAGGCGCAUAUCCGCACGUUCCCAACGACCUUUCCUCCAAAAGAGCUGGCUAUGGGCAUGAAGGGCGAUUUCCCGACGCUAUUGCUGUAUACGUCAGGCACCACUGGCCUGCCGAAAGGCUGUGCUUUCACCACAGCUCGGUUCUAUACAACCCUCUGCAUGCGAGGCGGCCUCAAAGAUGUCGGGGGUCCGAAUGGAGAUCGAUGGUACAGCUGCAUGCCAUUAUACCACGGUACUGCAGCAAUGACUCUCAUGGCCACCUUGGCGACCGGUCGGAGUAUCGCUCUGGGUCCCAAAUUCAGUGUUCGGAAUUUCUGGCAGGAUAUCCGAGAUUCUCAUUCCACGUUCUUCGUUUAUGUCGGAGAGACCGCGCGAUACUUGCUGUCAGCACCCCCCUCUCCCGAUGACAAAAACCACAACAUCCGCGCAAUCUACGGCAAUGGACUCCGGCCGGAUAUCUGGGCGCGUUUCCAGGAACGCUUUGGUAUCCCGUCCGUUUACGAAUUCUUCAACAGCAGUGAGGGUAUUUUCGGACUUCUGAAUAAGAGCACCGGCCUGUUCACGACUGGGGCGGUAGGUCAUCAUGGUGCGGUGAUGCGAGCUAUUCUGAACAACACUUACGUGCCUGUGGCUAUUGACCCCGACACGGGCGAUGUCCUCCGGGAUCCAAAGACCGGGUUUGCUGUUCGUGCGUCAUACGAGCAGGGCGGGGAGAUCAUCGUCAAAAUUCCGAAUGAGGAGGCCUUCCAAGGAUACUGGAAUAAUGAAUCUGCUACGCAAAAGAAGUAUUUGCGAGAUGUGUUCAAGAAGGGCGAUCUCUACUACCGCUCCGGUGAUGCAUUGCGACGACAGAAUGACGGCCGUUGGUAUUUCCUUGACCGACUGGGAGAUACCUUCCGUUGGAAGAGUGAGAAUGUUGCAACCGCAGAAGUGGCUGAGGUCCUUGGACGAUUCCCCGGCGUCAGCGAAGCCAACGUCUACGGUGUCCGGCUCCCUAACCAUGAAGGCCGUGCUGGAUGCGCCGCAAUUCAAAUUAGUCCUGAAGUGCGCCAGACAUUCGAUUUCGCCGCAUUAGCACGCUAUGCUCGCUCGAAGCUUCCCCGGUAUGCCGUUCCUGUCUUCCUGCGGCUGGUGGACAACCCUACCCACAUUCACAACCACAAGCAGAACAAGGUUCCCCUCCGAGACGAGGGAGUCGACCCGUCUCUCAUUGGGACUAAGGUUCCUGAUGGAGAUGUUAGUCAGUUCUUGUGGCUUGCGCCAGGGAAGAAGGAUACACGCCUUAUGGAAAGGCGGAUUGGGAGAAAAUCACCAACGGGAGUGCCCGGCUGUAACCCACAGACACAUUCGUAUAGACCUUACGAUAAUCAAUAUUGA